AUGGCUCGUUCGCUGCUUCAGAUCCUAAUCAUCUCUUCUUUUCAUCUGAUCUCUUUAUCAAGUCAACAAGAAACAAGUUUUGUCUAUGAAAACUUCAGCUCCCAAGAAAAUCUUUAUCUAGAUGCAUCUGCAAAAGUACUUCCUAGUGGAUUAUUGCAGCUGACAAGCGCUUCAACGUAUCAAAUCGGCCAUGCUUUCUACAAUAAACCACUUGAGCUCAAUUCCUCUUUCUCCACCCAUUUCGUGUGUGCUCUCGUGCCUAAGCCAGGCAUUGAAGGCGGCCAUGGUAUUGCCUUCUUAGUAUCUCCUUCAAGAGAUUUCUCACACGCACACUCAGCAAGAUACUUAGGGGUUUUCAACUCAUCAACACUUGAAUCAUCUCCCUCUUCUCACGUUCUUGCUGUUGAGCUUGACACUAUUUGGAACCCUGAGUUCAAAGACACCAAAAGCAACCACGUGGGGAUUGAUGUGAACAGUCCUGUUUCUGUAGGAGUAGCUUCAGCAUCUUACUAUUCAGACAAGAAAGGGAAAAACGAAAGCAUGAACCUCUUGGGUGGAAAGCCUAUACAAGUGUGGGUGGAUUAUGAAGGCACUAUGCUCAAUGUUUCCAUUGCUCCACUUGCAGUCCAGAAGCCAAGUCGGCCUCUUUUGUCACAACACAUCAAUCUUAAAGAGAUUUUUCCGAAUAGAUCUCAACUGUUUGUUGGGUUCUCUGCAGCAACAGGGAACGCGAUCAGUGGUCACUAUAUCCUUUGGUGGAGUUUCAGUACAGACAGAGGAUCACAGAAGCGACUUGAUAUAUCAAAACUUGUUGAAGUUCCUCACUCUUCAGCUCCCCAUAAGAAUCUUCCUAAGCUGAUUAUCAUUAUGUUUGUUUGUCUAACUUUUGUAGUUUUGUCUCUUCUUGCAUGAGUUUAUUUUUUUGCUAGUAAGUGUUGAAAUCUGAUUCAAACAUGAGAAUAAAUUGGUAAUGAAUGGGAAUAUGUAACUAA